UCAGUCAUUUGACAUCCCACGAGGUUAACUGUCACAUCAUAUUUGUAUCGCGAGAUGUAAACAGUAAAAUUGAUCGUUAAAGGAAUCAUGUUUAAAAACACUUUUCAGAGUGGUUUUUUGUCUAUUUUGUAUAGCAUAGGUAGUAAACCCCUUCAAAUAUGGGACAAGAAAGUGAAAAAUGGACACAUCAAAAGAAUAACCGACGAAGAAAUACAAUCACUGGUUUUGGAAAUAGUGGGCUGCAAUGUGAGCACCACUUAUAUCACUUGUCCUGCCUGUCCUAAGAAGACUUUAGGAAUCAAAUUGCCAUAUCUUGUCAUGAUCGUGAAAAAUUUAAAGAAAUAUUUCACGUUUGAAGUACAGAUUCUGGAUGACAAAAAUGUGCGAAGAAGAUUUAGGGCUAGUAAUUAUCAGUCGACAACUAGGGUAAAACCUUUCAUAUGUACAAUGCCUAUGAGAUUGGACGAUGGGUGGAACCAGAUUCAAUUCAAUGUAGCAGAUUUCACAAGGAGGGCGUAUGGGACCACCUAUGUUGAGACAUUAAGGGUGCAAGUUCACGCCAGUUGUAGAAUACGAAGGGUAUACUUCUCAGAUAGGUUGUAUAGUGAAGAUGAAUUGCCAGCCGAAUUCAAACUUUUCCUUCCGAUCCAGAGCAAAACAAAGCAAGUAGCCGCACAGCACUGAAGAGAGCAUAUCCUCGAAUUUUUUUGUGAUAAUGAAUUUUUUUUCUGGGACGAUUUGAGAAGAAAAUGUUUUGUAUUGUAUAACGUGGAUUAAAAGUGGAAGUGAUUCAUGUUUCAUCCAUUUUUUUUAUGCUAUAAUAUUAAGUGUCAAUAAAUUAUGAGCUGA